AUGCCUGAAAAUAGUGCCGAUAGUGCUACUCCUUCAGCAGCUGAAAUCGAUCUACAAGGACUUGAACUGGCAGAACAUCACUUUGGUCCCUUACUUCGUCCAACUCGCACUACACAGAGCAUGUGGACCAAUUAUUCCAUCAAUCGCCCUCAAACUAAUGACAAGUACCACACAGCAUCACACAAGGGCUCUGAGGAAGACCCUGGGGAGUAUGACUACAACAAGCACUCCAAUGAUGCCUGGCUUUUUGACCACAUCAAAGCCUGUCCAUGCUACAUAAUCAGGAUCUACUCACCCACUGCACCAAUGUACAUUGAUGUGAAUUUUCAAUACUACUGCUGUUCACGUUGGUCGGAGAUCGAGUGGUUCUGCUCUCUCGGGCACAAGAUCCAACACCGUCCAUCUGCGACGGCAGGCAAUGCACUUGCUAUCAAAAAAGGGCUCAGCAAGGGCAGUCCUCCAAAUGUGCACACACGCAAUGGGUGGCAGACCUUGUGCUGGGGUCACUAUGAAGGCUCCAAUGAGAACUAUGCCGAAGAUUGGCCCCGCAUCGAGUGUGGAAAAGUAGAGUUGGACGAAGAUGGGGUUAUGGACAUUUAUGGGGUGUUGUUCGGAGAAUUGGAAAAACCUGCUGAAACAGACUCGGAGGCCACUUUGGUCACCCCAUUUCAGACCACACAUACAUUGGGAAUUUCCCAUGGUGCAGGGGUGUCAGGGGUCCUAUGA